CAGCAGCGGUAAAUCCUCUAAAUGAUCACGGGUUUCAGCUUUACCUCCAGCUUUCUGUUUGGGUUUGUGUAGUGUUUCUCCAGUCUUCCCGCGGUGCAGGAUCUGAUGUGUGCUGUGUUUCUGGACGAGCUGCCGGGAUGGUUCCUGUGGCCGGGCAUCUUCCUCCCUGUGACUGCACUACUGCUGCUCCUCAUCGCUUUCUUCAGCUGCGAACUCACACACACAGAGCAGCAGCUGGCCGUGUGCGCAGACCCUCGACAAACAGCAUAUCUGCAUUGUUUCAGACAGCAGACGGAGAAGAGACGACACACACCACACACACACAAGAACAGAUGAAGAGCCUUGGAGAAACACACACAUCUCACACACAAACAAGACUAGCUGAAGAACUCUGGAGAAAUACACACAUGACCAGUGCUGAGACACCCUGAUGAGCUCUGGAGAAAGACAGAAACACACACACACACACACACUACAUUACACAUGGACAAAACCCUGUUCUAGAUUAUUAACAUGUACAGUGCUGCUUGAAAGUUUGUGAACCCUGUGCAGAAAAUGUGAAUCAUAGUAACAAUACUAUAGUAGCUCAGAGUAAAUACUGUAGUGUUUUUGAGCCAUACUAUACUACAGAACUUGACUGAAACUGUUGUGGUGGUUCUACAGUUGCUAUGGUAACACAACUACAAUAAAUGAUCUGUUGUGAUUCUGCAGUUGCUAUGGCAACAACGACUGCAAUAAAUCAUCUGUUGUGGUGAUUCUACAGUUGCUAUG